AGCUACAUCUAAUAAGAGGUAUAAAUAUAUAUUUGCCACGUCGUUCGGUGACAGUUACCGUCCGUUGUCUGUUGUGUGAGGUUGGCACCCUAGACAAACUGGAUUGAGAACGAUGCGGCUAAACAAAAUGGCGGAUGCGUGUCCCUCUCUCGACUCAAUGUUACUCUUAGGUCCGCGCAAUGAAACAGCUCAUGUUAACCACUUCUCAGACGUCCCAUCCCGAUGAUGAGUCAGACGGAACUCGGUCUCGACUCCUCCUACAUCGUCUCCACCAAUGGCGUCCAGCAGGGCAACGAGAUCGUUGUCAACGUCCUUGCCGCCGACGCCUCCACCGUCACCAGCAUGAGCAGUGUCCACGCCCACCAGAGUCACGUGGUUCCGCUGCAAGUUGUCUCCAACAUGAACAAUAUUCCGCCCCAGUACCUGAGUGGCGGGAACGCUGUCACUGUGGCAAACGUGCAGCACGUGCAGACGACCGACCCCGCCCUUGCGCAGGGGCAGCAGGCGAGCAUCGAGUGUCAUGGCACGGUCAAUGUGAUCGAAGUUACACCGAUUUGUGAAACGGAUCCGAAGUCGAAUUCCUCCACGGAGGACGAUUCUGCGUCUAAGACAGGCGGUAUCAGUUGGCCCAAACAGGCUGUGACGAAACUGAUCUCGCUGCACAAGGAGCACCAGCAGCUGUUUGAUGACCCCCACUACAAGAAGAAGAGCAUAUGGGAGAUGAUAGCACGGAAGUUGAAGGUCGAUAAUGUAACAUACGCGUGGAGCCAGGUCGAAAACAAGUGGAAGUCUCUUACUAAAAGGUAUCGAGAUACAUUAGACUUUAAUGCCAGGAAUAACAACGUGAUUCCCCACACGUGUCCGUUUUAUGAUGAACUUUCACAAGCUUAUUCCUACGUGUCGCCUCAUUCCCACAUACUUACCUCCCCUUACGCCCAAAUCACCACAGUAGCUGCGGUUCAGACUCAACCCAAACGUCAGUUAGAGAGUCCAGGUCUGAACGAUGCUGACAUAGCGUCUUUAACAAAGAAGAAAAAAUAUCUGAAUACGCCCGCCGCGUCGGGGUCAACGUCAUCAUCGGCACAAACAUCAACUACAGUGCCCAGUCCGAGCUCGGGUGUUCAGUCAGUUGAGCUGGGGUCGUUGCUGCGGUCGAUCCACGAAGAUCGUAAACGGCAGGACAGAUUGAAAAUGGAUAGGCUUGAGAAGAUGCAUAGGGAGAAGAUGGAGCUUUUCAAGCAGUUUCUGGACGUGGUGAAAGACGCUAAGCAGAAGGAGUGACUUAGAGCUGGAGUUGCGCAUAGAAAAGAAAGCCGUUGAGCGAGAAUCAAUG